AUGUCGCAAAAGAAGAUCAUUACUGUUCUGGGUGCCACUGGUAAGCAGGGAGGCUCGGUUGUGGACACCUUCCUCAACGACCCCAGGCUGAAUGGCUACUGGACUGUCCGCGGCGUCACUCGCGACACCAGCAAGGAAGCCUCUCGGCGCCUGUCGGGUUUGGGAGUCGAGAUGGUUUCGGCGGACCUGAACAACAAAGAUUCACUGGUGAAGGCUUUCAAGGGGUCAUACGCCGUGUUCGCCGUGACCAACUACUGGGAGACGCUAGACAUGCAGGUGGAGAUCCAGCAGGGCAAGAACAUCGCCGACGCUUCCAAGGAAACGGACGUAAAGUUCCUCAUCUGGAGCUCGCAGCUCAACAUCAAGAAGCUUUCCAACGGCGUGUUGUCGGACCUUUACCAUUUUGACAGCAAGGCUAUCGUGGAAGAGUACAUUCGUGAGCUCGGCAUCCCAGCGACGUUCUUCCUCCCGGGCUUCUACAUGUCCAACGUUCCCGGUGCGAUGUUCCGUCCAUCGGCGGAGGACGGCGCUUGGACAUUCGCUCUCCCCAUCCCUCCCACCGCUAUCUUCCCCAUGUAUUACACCGGCGAUACGGGCAAAUACAUCAAGGGAGCAGUCUUGCAUGAGAAGGAAGUCCUCGGAAAGCGUAUUCUGGGCGCGACUGCGUGUAUGACGGGUCAGGAGAUCGUGGACGGAUUCAAGGGGGUGUUUCCCGAGAGCGGCAAGACGGCUCGCUACUACCAGCUUUCAGAGGACCAGUUCCGCGGUGCCAUGAAGGCUCGGAAUAGCCCGGAGUAUGUGAUUGACGAGAUGCAUCAGAACAUGCGUCUGCUGGAUGAGUUUGGGUACUAUGGUAGAGAGUCUCUUGACUGGACGCAUCAGCUGGUGGAGGAUCGCUUGACUACCUGGGAGGAGUUUGCCAAGGCUGAUCCGGGUUUUGCUUCAGCAAGAUAG